AUGAACGAGGUAGAAGAUGUUUGUAAAGUAAGCUUCAUUUAAGUAGUGUAAAGAAGUUAUCUUAGAGCUUUCGAAUUAUAUUUUAGUAACAUGAAGGUUGAUAUCAAAAGCUUUAAUACUUUAAGGUUAAUAUAAAAUGCCACCUUAAUGUUUCAGAUAUGUGGCGACAAGCCGAUUGGAUUUAACUUUGGCGUAAUUACAUGUGAUUCUUGUCGCUCCUUCUUCCGACGUUGUAAUGGAGCUGAAAAAGUAAGUUAAAGCAAUAUUAUUUUAAAUUUUUAGGUAGACCAAACAUAUUCGUUUCUUCACUUUCUAUAUCCAGCUUUCUCAAUUAUAAUAUCGGGUCUUCUCAAUUAUAUUAUAAUAACUUCCAGGCUUUAAAAUGUCCAUUUCAAAGCAAUUGUGUCAUUACCAAAGAAUCGCGACGAUGUUGUCAAGCUUGUCGGCUUCAGAAGUGUUACAUUGUAAGUGUCUUGCUUCUAAAACUAUUUGUUUUUGUCUAUUAUAACAUUGAAAAGAAAUCAAAGUUCAUGUCGUUUUAUAUUAAGAAGGGCAUGGUGCACGAUGAAUCCAGUCGAAAGCGAACUUUAAAACCACCCAAAGAAGCCAAAAACAAGUCUUUGAAGAUCGUUAAGUCAGAAGCAUUUCCUCAACUGAAAACUGAACCAUUGGCAAGAUCUCAAGCUCGUUGUCUUUGCAAAUGCCAAUGUAGAUUCUACCCUCCAGAUACACCUUUAGUAGCAGCUGUAGAUGUCUGGUCAUCGUACGACGCUUCAUAUUAUCCAUCUAGUACUAAACAAGUCAGUUCGUUGGAAGAUUCAUCAUUUUUUGACCCAAAAAUAUUGUUAUCAAGCGGUACAAGGAAUUUAGCUAAUAACGGUGCAUCUGAUUUAUCACUUCUGCGUGGUAAUGACUAUAAUUCAUCUAUUACAACUCGUCUACCCGUAAUUACUACGGCAACAACUGAAGGUGCAACUAAUGAUAUACUACAACAUCAAGAACUGCCAAGAAGUUCAAAAGUUGAUCAAAAGGUAUCACCGGCAACUGUUUUGUCUCCAAAUCUAUCGCCAUACCCAUCUAUUACAUUACCAUCACCAAUUAAUGUGCCUACGGUAACAUACUCUUCUCCAAGCAAAUCUUCGAUGUCUACAACAAUAUCAUCUACAUUAUUAAGUGCUCCAUCGCUCCAAGCGUCUACAUCAUCUACAGCUAGUGCUUUUAAGAAUCAGCUACCAGCUUCAGAAUUAGAAUUAUCUCAGUUUUUGAAUUCUUCUCAGAUCUUGAAUUCUUUGCGUACUAUGAACAGUGGUACUAUGGGUAAUGGUGCUUUGAAUAGUAGUACCACUAACCAAUCACAGACCAAUUAUCCUAAUGACUUUGACCCGAACGCAUUACUCAAUAUUAACUAUGCUAACGCAAUUCAGAAUUCUCCUUUACUUUCUACACUUCCGAACUUCUACGCCAAUGCGCUGCAGUACCAGUCUUCUGAAUCUUCAUUUCAACAUCUGUCUCCAAUGCCCAGUACUAGCUUUUACGAUGCGUUAGAAACUCAAAACAGUAAUGGAACUGCAGUAGUGUUGGACGAGGAGAAUCAGCUUCUGAUGGACGAGUUAUUAGAAGCCAAUGGGAUUCUGAAGACACCGAUGGAGUUACAGCUACAAGAUAUUGAGAAUCCAGAAGAAUUACCGUUAAAGACGGUAGUGAGGAUAAGUGAUCUGGCUAUGAGAAGGAUAAUAUCAAUGGUGAAGCAGCUGAAGUUGUUCAGAAGGACGAGCUAUGAGGACAAGAUUGCGCUGCUUAAAGGUAAAAUGUUGUAGUAGGUAUAUGUGGUUGCAAAGUAUAUAGAAAGUCAGUAUAGAUACUGAUUCUUUAAAAUUUGUUUAUUUCGUAAACAAAUGUUUUUAUUUCUAGAUAUUUUUUGACCUAUAGCUGAGUAUUUGAUACUAUAAUAUAAACUUAUAUGAUUUUAGCAUUAGCUAUACUAUUUUUAGGCGGCUUGUCUGAGCUUCUAAUCCUACGUGGUCUAAUGGUGUUUGACCCGCGUAAGAACGCGUGGAUUCACAAUAUUCAUUCUGGCAGCCAACUGAUCAGCCUGCAUGUUGAUGUGCUUAAGAAGACUCCAGAAGAAGAACAUUAUGAUGCCCAUAUAAGGUUUCUCACCUCUUUCGAUGACGAAUGGCGACGAAAUGAGUUUGUCAUGCUGAUUUUAAAUGGCAUUCUAUUGUUCAACCCUAAUCGACCUAAUAUACGGUAAAGUAGUUUGAAUUUAAAGGGUGUUUUUACUGAAAUUUUGUUAAUUUUAAAAUAAAAAAAGAAAAAUAGGUUUAUAUUAUGUUAUUAAAGCCUCAAUAGUAACAAAAAACACUUUAGAAACAAAGAACAGAUUCAGGCGUCAAGAGUCAUGUACAUAAACUUAUUGAAAUGCUAUUUGGACGGGUUUUGUGGUGCAAAUAGGUCGAGUGAAGAAGCUUUCAACAACUUACUAGCCAAGCUAGAUGAUUUGACCGAGCUGAACAGGUCAUUACAGAGAAUAUACCAAAGUUUGAAUCCUGAUGAUCUAGACCCCUUACUCAAGGAAUUGUUUGCGGACAAUAAAUAG